AUGACGCCUAAUCGGCAAAAGAUCGAAUUAGCUUAUAUGUAUUUUAUUCCCAAACCACAUAAGAAAGCUACACCACUUCGACCCAUUUUAAAUACAAUUCAUGCUGCAACCAAACAGAUUUCUCAAUUUUUAGAUAAAUUAAUUCGACCCUUAUUCGAUCGAUUUGUACGUCAAACGACGAUUGUGGAUGGUGCUAACCUUCUUGAUCAACUUCAAAAAUAUAUUCAGAAAGGUUAUUUUAAUUCAUCGACUCUCUUCAUUACCUUCGAUAUUUCGAAUCUGUAUACUAUGCUACCACAAGAAGAAUCACUUGCUAUUCUUGCUGAAUUUCUUCAUGCACAUAAUUGUGAAAGAGUCAAUGGAAUUUCCAUUGAUACCAUUGUCGAAUUUGGUCGUGUGGUACUCCAAGCUAAUGCUUUUGUCUAUAGUAACAAAUUUUAUCGACAAAUUAUUGGUGGUGCUAUGGGAUCAGCAUUUAUUUUAACAUUAGCAAAUAUCUUCAUGGGGAAAUGGGAAAGACAAACUAUUCUUCCAAAAUUAGCUUUUCAUGAGUUAUAUGGCCGAUAUAUUGAUGAUGUUUUCUUUACCUGGAACGCAUCUGAAGACAAAUUGAAACAGUUAUUAGAAGCAGCGAAUAAUUUUCAUCCAAAUAUUAAAUUAGAAUAUCAUAUAGGUAAAAGUCUUCCAUUCCUCGAUGUUCUACUUCAUCAUGACAAUGGAAUACUUACGACACCGGUCUAUCAUAAAUCCUCAGCUGAACCAACCGUUGUAUCAUUUCUAUCGGAUCAUCCUCGACAUGUAUUUCGAAAUGUUAUCCAAAGUGGUCUAACUAGAGCUGUACGAUGUUCAUCAACAUUUGACAUAUUUAAUAAUGAAAGACGUGCUAUUCGUUUAAUGUUCUUAUAUAAUCGCUGUCCAUCAAGGUAUAUAAAUGAACAAUUCCGACUAUUCUUUGCCGAUUAUAUGUCGUCAUCUACUUCGUCACUCUUACCAAUGCUCACUGAUGAAAGUCAGUUUGUUGCCCUACGUCAAAAAUUAUCACAUCAACCAACAGCUAAAUAA